UAGCAUUGGAAGACUACAUUUUCGGAGAGGGCCACAUAUGCGGUGGCGCUGUAAUUGCCCCCUCUGUAGUACUCACCGUCGGACAGUGUGUACACAAUUACCAAACGCAGACAUCGCGUCACCCGGCUGAGCUGAAAGUUGUUAUGGGUACAUUGAAUCGUUAUCAACGCACCGAGCACACGCUGGUUUACGGCGUGACACACGUACAUCAACCGAAGACAUUCAGCGCACGCACUUUACGCGAUAACAUAGCGAUUAUAAUGCUGGAACGUGAUAUUCCACCCGCACAUCCCACUGUAAAACCGAUUGCUUUGAGUUCGAAGACAUUCCGCAGCGGCGAGGCGCCAGAAAUGCUAAGCGACUCAAUCGAUCGGCAGACGUUUGAGGUGACCAGCUGGUUUGCUACAGAGCAGCACGUUCCUUACACUCAGCUCAUGUCGCUUAAUGCCUCACGACUGAGUGAUGAACAAUGUGUGGAAAGGUAUGGCCCCCUCUAUGGACCGGAUACGGUGUGUAUUGGAUAUAAAUAUGGGCAACAAGAAGCCGCUUGUGAGCAAGACGCCGGUUCACCUUUGAUCCACAACAAUCAGCUGCUGGCGCUUACCUCAACACAAAGCGUCGAUUGCAAAAAGAUUUCACAACCAGUCGUUUUCGUUGAUGUCGCCCAUCACGCCAAGUGGAUUUUGGAGCAAAUCGGUGAUGGCACAAAUUGUAACAGCUCCGUUUGGGGCACUCUGGCAUUCUUACUCUUUACAAUUUGGACUGCGAAACGGGCGAAAUGGCAUAAGUUUUUGCUUUAAAUAAAAGCUAUAAUUGGGGGAUACAUUUUUUUUUACAUUAGUUUAGUUUUAAUGUACCAUAGUUUGAUAGUUACGAAACUAUUCUCAACCAUGUUUCUUAACCUUUUAAGAAGAAUUUAAUAAAGGCUGAAUUUUGUUAUUCUGUAAA